AGCUUCACCACUCCCUUACUUCGUAUACUGAUAGUAUUUGUACUACAGAGUACUACGAUGUAGUAUCGUAUCGUAGUCCCCACAAUACCACGUCGUACAUUAGUACCUACCCUGCUUACAAGAACUCCGGAACUACCUAUUCCACCCUUUUUACCUUUUACAAAUCAUUCUCCAUCUAAAUAAAUUAUAACAUAGAUACACAUUUUGCCGCUAUAAGUACAUUUUUCAAUUCUCUGAGUAGAGAAUGGAGCACAGCGGUACGAAAAUCAGCCCCGCUGCCUUGUUCUCGGCUGAUGGCUUGAUCAUUGUUGUGACUGGUGGCGGGAGUGGAAUUGGCAAGGCUAUGGCAUCAGCAGCUUGUCAGGCUGGCGCAUCCAGGGUGUACAUUCUCGGGCGCCGUCUUGAGGUGAUCACCAAUACUGCCAAGGAACUCAACGAGACCCAAGUGAAAGUCGUUCCCCUUCCAUGUGAUGUGAGAUCCAUUGACUCUGUGAAUGCGGUCGUCCAGCAUAUCGAGAAGGAGUCGGGAUACAUCGAUGUCCUCGUCAACAAUGCAAGCAUUCCGAAUCCUUUCUUCGACCCAGAGAGCGUGGACACAAUCGAGGCCCUGCAGCAGGGGCUUCUCGAGGCUCAUAAAGGUAGUCUCAACGUCCUAGACACCAACAUAGCCGCUAUCAUUGGUACAUCAACCGCCUUCCUUCAUCUUCUCCAUAAGGGCAAUAUUCGACGUGGCUGGCCAGUGAAGAAGCUCCAGGCGACCGAUACCAACACACGGUCCCUCGAACAUUCACAGUCCAAUGUCGAACCAGGAGACAGGCGAACCAGCCAGAUUAUCACCAUGUCUUCCAUGGGAGGCAUACAAAGGUCGGGCCUAACCGGGCUUGCCUACACCGCGAGCAAAACCGGAGUCGUCCAUCUGGGACAAACGCUAUCAACGAUACUGGCUCCUUGGAAUAUCAGGAGUAACGUCUGCAUUCCUGGAUACUACCACAGUGAGAUGACGGCACCUCUGCCAGUCAUGCAAAAUAUGCGGUUCGGCAACACGCCGGCGGGACGAGCUGGCGAUCCUCUUGAUGUGGCUGGGUUCUUCUUAUUCUUGGUCGGGAUGAGCGGGUCAUUCAUUAAUGGAGCCGUGUUGCUUAGUGAUGGGGGAAGGUUCUCUAUUAACCCGCCGUGGUUUUAGAAACUGAAGAAUACAUGACGAGGAUAUGUCUCUCAAA